AUGCAGUCCCAGGGCAGCACUUCCUCUCAACCCUCUUUCGAUUCCCUGAGCUCCAGCGACAGCCUCUUGUUCAGCGACUCAGAGCAGGCGGAGGACGACACAGACGUCUUCCUGACAGACAGCUCUUCCUCCGUCACUGUUGGCGGGGCGGGUGGGGCUACAGCCAAUGGAGAUGGGGGAUCUGAAAGUCCCGGGUCCCAGUGGACGUGCGACGGCUUCACAGAUAAAGAGGAAGAGGAUGAGUCGUACAGGUCGGAGAGUGGCGGCAAGGCAGCUGACAUCAGCUUGGACGAGACGGACCCUACAAGCCAGAUCCCAAAAUCAGAGGGAGAUCUGCUGUUUGCUCAGAAGUGUGCUGAGCUACAGGGUUUUGUCAGGCCCCUGCUGGAGCUGCUGAAUGGACUGAAGAGGGGCCGAUUCGACCGCGGUUUGAGCAGUUUCCAGCAGAGCGUUGCCAUGGAUCGAAUCCAGAGGAUCGUGGGGGUUUUACAGAGACCCAACAGCGGGGAGAAGUACCUGAACACUCUGCUCCAGGUGGAGAUGAUGCUAAAGCUUUGGUUUCCUCAAAUCCCCACUCAGCCUGUCUCUGCAGCCUCCAGCGUCGCCACAUCCCCUGCCCGCUCUCUCCAAGACACUUCCAGCUCCACCCCGCCGCACAAGCACAGGGAUCAGUUACAUAUUCCCGUUAAGAAGCGCAGACUCAGCUGGACAGGUACGGACGCUCCCACUCCUUCCCCGGUGCUUCUCAAGUGUCCUCGUAUCAGAGCCGAAGAGAAGAGGGCGAAGCAAGAUCAAGAUGAAAGGGACGAGCCUCCUUCUCCUCCAUCGUUGGCAUCUGCAAAUCAAAAUUUGCCAGAUGUAGCUGAUAACAGCCAGCUAGAUGAGGACACAAAGGGAAAGGACAGCGACAGCGAGGAACUAGGCAAGCUAUCAAAGUACAAAGCAGGCCAAAGCUCUGAGCCGAGCCUGACGUGGGUUCACGUUGCCCCCAUCCUGUCUCCACGAAAAGCCUGCCCCUCGCACGAGGGAGCAACAGCGGCGGGUAACAACGAAAACCAGCCUGUCGCUGCCAUCUUCCCGCCCAGCAGGAGGGGCAGCCCCGCCACGCAAGACAGCUCCGUCUCUUCUACCACACCAUACAAACACCCCAAAAACCUGAAGAAGCCAAUCCGGUGCCAAAGCCAGCCUGUUGCUGGACAACAGAGUGAGAGUGAGACCAUCAAGGCCUGUCAGGGUCAAAGCCAAUCUCCUCAUGUCAUACUUAAGCAUUUGCCCAGGGCGUGCCCCACCCCUUUAGAGACCUGAUGCACUGAACAAGCAAAGAGCCGGCAGCCUGGCUUUGUUAUACCACCGAGCUAAAAGCUGCUGUGAGAGGAAGAAGGGAAGAGGCUGAAGGCCUGUCAUUAAAGAUACAUUAAAGAGAGGAAGGGGAGGAAAGAAUUGUAGGUGCUUAGAUGUUGAAGACAAAUGAUAGAUGACACAAAACCCCUCAUCAAGUUCACAACUACAACAGUUAUUUCAAACAACAGGAUUUAAUGUAUUUCAAUAACUCAAAUCUAGCUGAUAAUAUUUCCACAAUAGUAUAAAACAUGUGCACAAAGGAGGCUGUGGUUGAGGGCGACAGGAAAGAACACCUGAAGCAUUAAGACUAUUUACAGGUUUACAGGUUAUUGAGUAAAUGACCAAUCUGAGAGACUUUGAAGAAUUUCGAUGAGCAAAUACUUGUUCCUCCUCAGCAUGAAAACAAUCAUUAUACUGUAUUCAGAGAUGAGUGUUUGAGCAGACAUCCGACCUGAGGGACUCAGGUCAGGGAUCAGAGAACAGAAAAGCUGAUGUCAGCGUUCAUCAUGAACACUUCCCAGGUUUAAUCCGAUGAAGUAAGUCGAGUUAGGACUUAAUCCAGAGUGAAUUAAUGUGAGUGAGUUGAAUUUGAUUCUAGUCUUGUGGCAGGAGACACUUUGACUUUUCAUUCAGUUGUAGAUAGAACUGAGGCGACUGGCUUGCAGAGGAAAAAUGACACCGAGGUCGUUUGAAAAUCUUGUAGCGAGUGAUGUUAGAAAUACAGUGUACAGAGCGCAGCAUUAUACUGUAUGUGUGGAGCGUUAGAGUCAUUGGAGACUGUGGAAAAAAUGAUGUCAUCAACUUACGAAUGUAAUCCAAGGAGUGUUUGGGCACUUGGCAGAUCGGUGGCGAGGCAUCGAGAGGAGCCCUGUGGCAUCGCAGCGAUCAGAGGUCACACAACUUUUCUCGUCACGGGUCACAUGUUUCUGCCCGUUCGCCGACUGCAAGCUGACCGGUAAUCAGUGUCAUGAAAACCCAAGAAUGACUUUUAAAAGACCAGCCUGAGGAAAAUUAAGGACCACUCAAGGACAUAUGACUCUGUCCCACAGUUAAUUUAUUGAUGUGUUGAUCUGACACUGCUUUUAUUUAUUGUAUUUAUUUAUUGGGCAGCUGAGUAUCGCCUCCUGUGCGCUUGCAUAGUUUGGCCUACAGUUUUUUUAUUUUGAGGCGACUGGGAAGAUGCUGUUGACAGUUUGUGGUUUUUUAUUGCUAUCAUGAGGAAAGAAAAAAAACUGAAGGAAGUGAAAUCUUAUGAUUGGACUAUUGGACUACUGUGCCUUUUUACCAAAUGGGAUGUGUUCAGAAAAAAAAAAAAGCAUCUGGUGCUUUUAGUGCACUCAUACUGCGUUUUGAUUGUUUGCUUGUAUUUCACAAAACCAGUACACAUUCAAUCGUGAAAGCCUACAUGUAGUCAUUUUCACCUCACAGCAUCAAAACCAACAGUACCAUCAGCUAUCUACUGCUUAAUAACCGGUGUCCAGCUCUAGUAUUCUGACAUCUACACCUGAUCCAAACAGCCUACAUCUUCAGCUUUAACACACACCAACAGCAGUGGCUACUAUUCGUCAUGUAGUGUUGAAGUGUAGCCUUCCUUUGAGGCUUUUCUUUUAGUUCUGAUCAACAGAGGAACAGUCUGAACUGCACUUAUAGCCGGUGCUCUUGAAAACUUGAAAAAACAGAAAAUAUAAAUGUAACCCUCUACUGCUGCUAUUGUUAUUCUAAUUCCACUUCUAAUUUAGAUGUUUGAUAGGAGGCUCUCUCUCUCUCUCUAUUUGGAAAUCUGCUCACAAUACUCUUAUAAAUGUAGAAGAGGGAUUUAGUGAUGUGAUUGGAUUUACCUAUAAUGGAAAAGAAUUGUAAAUAUUUAGACUAAAGUAUUUUUAAAUUGGUAUGAGUGGUUCAUAUACUAUUUACAUAACUAGAGAGGGUGAGGGGUUAUCCACGUAACAGACCUCCUCCAAAAAAGCACCACGUGUGAACACAGAGUCACUGGCAGCCUCCAUGUUACUGCCUAUGUUUUUGGAGUAAGGUGUGUACAAACCUUCAGUCACAGACCUGGAGUCAGACUGUCCUGCUCCGUUCUGUCCCCAAACAUGACAGCACGGAGCGCCAGACGCUGACUCUCAGUCAGAGGUUGGGGGUGUCUUCCACACGACUCCUGUUUUUAUACGGUUGUGAUAUGACAGACAAACCAAUUGCACUUAUUUUUCAUUGUUUAUGUCCUUUUUUUCAUGUAUGUUUUCUACUGCAGCGAUCACUGCUGACUGGUCAGAAAUAAUAUGUCUUGUUUAUUUUAGCUGCCUUCUUCUUCUUACAUCGUAAAAACUCGCUGUAGCCCCCCCCCCCCGGCCUCCCUUCCCCCACUCUGCUGCAUUCGUCUGCUCUUGCCCUCUCUCCUUCAUCUCCCUCAAUCCCGUUAGUACCUUUUCUUUCUAAGAUAAACUCUUGUCUUUCUCUCACCCCAUCUUUACAUGAUAUUACUCUUCUGGCUACUUUUUCAAUAACGAUACA